AUCUCGCCCCCCAUCCUCUUGCCCCUCGCGGUCCGACCCUGCGGAUCCUCCCCGUCCCGCGACACCGACGAGGGCUCCUGCGGCGCUCCCUCCGAGGAGGAGGAGGAGGUGGCCGCGCGGGAGGCCCAGGAGGCGGCGGCCCUUCGGGCCGAGCUCCUGCAGAAGGCCCACGUGGCCCGCCGCGGCGCCGCCGCGCUCGCCUGGCCCGAGUGGCCCGCCUCGCCCGACUCGCCGGGGCCAGCGCCGGCGCCGCCCGCCAGCGACCCGAACUUGGCUCGCGCCUCCGAGGUGUGCGUCGAGAACAGGGGGGGGUUCAGGCUCAGCUUCGAGUUGUGGGACACGGAGACGAAUCAGCGCAUGCCGGCGACGGCCGCGUACGCCAUGGGUGGGCAGGAUUGCCGCAGUCUCGGCGCGAUGCCUAUGAUCGAGGCUGGGCACCCCAUCGUGGCUGUCGUCUACAUCGAGGCGGGCGCGACUAUCACCCUGAGCCCCGUCAUCUACGACCCAGACCUUAACGAGACGGCAGGCUCCGCGACUCUCACGUGCAGGGGUGGCACAGGCACGCCGACGUGCUUGAUGGACGACGCCGAGGUGCGGCAGUUACCACCACCCCAGCUGGCAACUUGGCAGCCAGUGGUGAGGGCGAGCCAGAUCUGCCUUACGAAUAACGGCGGCUACCGGCUACGUUUCCAGUUGUGGAACACCGCGUGGAACACGUUGUCGCCGAUGUCCGACAGUUUCGACCUCGGGAGCAGCAAGUGCAUGUCCGCAGAUUUCACCAGCGGGCUGCAGGAGGGCAAUCCGCUGGUCCCAAUCACUCAUGUACAGGGAGGCAUGCCCCAGAUGUUCCACUCCGUCCUCUAUGACGCCACCGCUUCCGCCGCCAGCUACAACUGCGGAGGUGCAACCGGCGGAUACUCGUGCACGCUCUUGGGUGUGUAG